AUGGAGGUUGGGACCCCCGUCAACGAGAAGCCCCCCCUCGGCACUCCGCCAGCUCCCGUGCCGCGUGGCUGCCGGAAAUUAUGCUGGCUUUUUCCUUCCAACUUCUGGGAGGAGGCAAAGAAGAUUUUGUUGUUGGCCGGUCCGCUGACGCUCAUCCAACUCCUGGUGUUCAUGAUCCAUGUGGUCAGCACGAUCUUCUGUGGCCAUCUCGGUAAAGUCGAGCUGGCUUCGGUCACCCUUGCAAUCGCGGUAAUAAACGUGACCGGCAUCUCCGUUGGCUUCGGGUUGUCUUCGGCUUGUGAUACGUUAAUAUCCCAGACCUACGGAGGGAAGAACAUGAAGCGCGUUGGCACCAUCCUGCAACGGGGAGUCCUCAUCCUGCUGCUGUCCUGUUUCCCCUGCUGGGCUGUCUUCAUCAACACGGAGCAAAUCCUCCUCCUCAUCCGACAGAACCCGGACGUCUCCAGGCUCACACAGGUCUAUGUCAUGAUCUUCAUUCCAGCACUUCCGGCGGCGUUUAUUUAUCAAAUUCAGACGAGGUAUUUGCAGAACCAGAGGAUUAUUUGGCCGGAGGUCCUCUGUGGCAUGGCAGCGAACAUUGUCAACUUGGUUGCCAACUAUAUCUUUAUCUACGAGCUUCACAUGGGAGUUAGGGGUUCUGCCUGGGCCAACACCAUCGCUCAAUAUUCGCAAGCCAUCGCUCUCUUCCUGUACAUCAGGUGGAAAAAGCUCCACGUCAAAACCUGGGGAGGCUGGUCCACGGAAUGCCUCCAAGAGUGGAACGUGUUUAUGGCUUUAGCCAUCCCUAGCAUGCUGAUGAUCUGCAUUGAAUGGUGGACCUUUGAAAUUGGAAGUUUUCUGAUAGGUCUCCUUAGUGUCGUGGAGUUGUCGGCCCAAUCCGUAAUUUACGAGGUGGCCACAGUGGUUUAUAUGAUUCCAUUUGGGAUCAGCGCUGCCGUCGCCGUCCAGGUGGGGAACGCCUUAGGAGCCGGCGACACGGAGGCAGCCCGUAAGUCUUCGGUGGUCAGCAUUUUAUGCACAGUGUGUUUUUUCCUCCUGAUGUGCAUUGUGUUGACAUCUACGAAAGACAUCUUGGCUUACGUAUUCACCAGCGACACGGAGGUCAUUGAACUGGUAGCCUGGGUGAUGCCGGUUUACAUUGCCUUCCACCUGUUUGAAGCCCUUUGCGCCACAACUAGCGGAGUCUUGCGUGGCACCGGGAAGCAAAAGCUUGGCGCCAUCUUCAAUGCCGUCGGCUACUACGUCGUGGGCUUGCCACUCGGGAUCGUGUUGAUUUUCGUGGCCAGAAUCGGAAUGAUAGGCCUUUGGCUGGGCAUGUUAACGUGCGCCCUGAUCCCCUGUACAUGUUCCAUAAUCUACAUUGCUCGGAUGAACUGGAAGAAAGUGGCCGAGGAGGCUCAGCACCGCGCAGGAUUGAGCCAGAAGCUGCCCGAAGAUUCGAACUCGGCUCCUGCCCUCACCAAAAUAGCACCUUCCUCUGGAAGCCCCGUUUCCUUUUUUUCUUUGCACAUCACAGGACAAACGGAUGUCCAGAACGGAGUCGUCCUGGUGAGCUUCACCGAAAGGGGCGGGCCAACCUUCCGGGACGAGCGGACGACGGAGGGCCUCUCAACUGUCAGCAAAGUGCUAACGACCAAGGAGUUGAUUGUGUAUCGGGGCCUGGCUGUCGGGGCAUCUGUGGCCAUCCUGGCCGUCGGAGUCGCAAUCCGGCUCUCCACCGUUAAGACCUAGGGGCCUCGCGCUUGGCGGGUUGCGGGAGGAGGAGACGGAAAAACUCCUUCUGGCUCGAAGCAAAAGGAACAGGAUACCAGCACGUCUGGGGCGGCGCCUUGUUUCGGAAGCUGAUCGCUGGGUGUUGGUAGGAUUUGAACCCAGGACUCGCCGGCACAAAACCCAGGAGCAGCUUGGAGGAGGUGUGCGGAGACUGUGUUUUGCAGGGUGUUACACAUUAAAAAGAAAAAAAAGCGUUCCUUAAAGGAGGGACGCACCUGUUCUAAUUUUUAUUUUUAUGUUUUUACAACCACUGGAACCGCAAAGAGCCGUUAAAAUGAAAUGACAAAAGCCACUGCACCAUUCCUCGACCUGAGCAAUA